GAAAAUUAAUCGGGCAUGACAUGUAAACUCAAAACUUCCCUACUUCAAUUCCCAUGGUUAGCCGUAUUCCCCCGAUUAGAAUUCGGGGCGUUAAUCGGCUCUAGGGUUUGCUGUUUCAUUUGAACGGAUUUUCCUGCGUUUUUUUCUUCGUCACAAGUGUGAGAAAGCCGGAGGUUAGCUUGUAAGCGGCAGUGGAAGCCCCAACAUGCCCGAGAAUUGCACGGAAGAGUCAUCGGUCCACGGAGAAGAUGACGAAGGAGCUUAUUUGGGGAACGAAGAGGAGGGAGCGCAGUUAAUUUGGGCGACAGCUAGUGGAUGUAUGGACGAAACGAAGCGGAGGACUUACUCGCGGAGUGAGAUGGACGCCUUAAGGUUUCUAGACGUCGAUGCUCAGCGGCAGAUGUGGAAUGGAGUCUACGCUAGAAUGGAAGCAACCGUUGCUCGCGAGUACAAUGGGCUUCGGGUGCGUAACGAUAAAAACAAAGGGAAGCAGGGAGAAUUAUUGUGGGACAAAUUCGGGCAAAAGAAGGAUGAUUUUGGAGCCCUGGGUGAGGUGUUCUCAUUAAAUAUAGAGGAUUCAGGCAUAUUCAUUUCCUCGGAUUUUGCUUAUGGAGAAACAGUGGUUGGUAGUGAAAAUUAUACUAACAAUGAAGCAUCAUACUGUGAACACAAUAACAUCGGGGAGUUUGAAAUUGAUGAUGUUGAUGAUGAUGACAGUGAUGAUGAAUAUAGCAGUAUUCAGAGGCCUGCUUUCUUGGUUGAGGGAGAACCUGAUUUUGAUUCUGGUCCACCUUUAGAUGGUCUAGAGUACCUUAGGCGCGUGAGGUGGGAGGCUGCACAAAUUCCAAAAGUAAAGGUGGCUCGGUUUAAUUUGAUCAAAGUUAGUGACGAACAAACUCCUUAUAUGCCUAGUAUUCCAGAUAUUGCAGAGUGCCCAUUGAAUCUUUUGCCUUUAAAGCAUUGGGAGGAUGCUUUCCUUGCUGAUUUUUUCAAGUUACGGCAGGCUUUUUCUGAGUUUGAAAAUUCUCCCACGGCCAACGAAUUUCCAAAGCCUUCAGUGUGCAGGCAGAAGCCAAACAGCGAUCCUACACUGACUUCGAUUCUUGCCAUGGAUGUGACCUCGCGAGCUUUCAUACUUCGAAGCAGCAUACGCUCGUUGGAGGCAGCAAUUUCCCUUUCGAGAGAAGACUGCCUGUGGCUAUACGCCCUCUCUGCAACUGUAGAUUCUCCUCUGGAUGUUGAUACUUGUGCUUCUGUGAGGUGCCUGCUACGCAAGUGCUCUAAUCUUCUGGCUGCAAAAUCUGAAGUGGAUGAUGAGGUUUCAAUGCUCAACAUUUUGAUCGCAAUUGCAGGGAAAUACUUUGGGCAAUCUGAGAAUCGUUAGACCUUGUUAAUGUUUAGUUCUUUUUCUAUUGCGGGCUUUUGUCCUUUUUUGUUCCCGUGUUUUUGAUGUUCAAUGCAAGAAAUUAAUGAUGAUAUUUCGGUUUUCUAACGAAAUAAACAGAAACAACUUAAUUUGCGAGAAAAAGAAGGCCAAAUCUCAGGUUUUUUUUUUUCUAGCAAAAUAUUGAUCUUGAUCAACACAAUCCUUAAAGCUUGCAUAGUGCAUGAUCAUUAUGAUUUAAUAAGCACUUAAAUUGAUUUGUGAGGCGGCUUAUUUUUAUGUUAUGGAAGUGAUAAAACUAUUUCCUACAUUUUCAAUAAAGCUUCAUUCGGUGCA